UGUGGAGAGGUGCCGCGGCGGCGGCGGUGGGUUCGGGUCUGUGCGGCCUGGUCUGGGCCAUGUCUGCGUGAGGACGCCGCAGCCGUCACCCCCCUCCUCUCCGGCUGGCCCACAGAAACGCGCACCAUGGGCUCCAUCCUGAGUCGCCGCAUCGCGGGCGUGGAGGACAUCGACAUUCAGGCCAACUCGGCCUAUCGCUACCCUCCGAAGUCCGGAAACUACUUUGCUUCGCACUUUUUCAUGGGAGGAGAGAAAUUUGACACUCCCCAUCCUGAAGGUUACCUCUUUGGAGAGAACAUGGACCUGAACUUUCUGGGCACUCGUCCAGUCCAGUUUCCCUAUGUCACCCCUGCUCCCCAUGAGCCAGUGAAGACACUGAGGAGCCUGGUAAACAUUCGCAAAGACUCUCUCCGGCUUGUGAGGUACAAAGAUGAUGCAGACAGCCCCACUGAGGAUGGUGAGAAACCCCGUGUGCUCUACAGUCUGGAAUUCACCUUUGAUGCCGAUGCCCGUGUGGCUAUCACAAUUUAUUGCCAGGCGGUGGAGGAGUUCGUGAAUGGCAUGGCAGUGUAUAGCUGUAAGAACCCUUCUCUGCAGUCUGAGACCGUCCACUACAAGAGAGGCGUUAGCCAGCAGUUCUCCCUGCCUUCUUUCAAGAUUGACUUCUCCGAGUGGAAGGAUGAUGAGCUGAACUUUGAUCUGGACCGGGGUGUGUUUCCAGUCGUCAUUCAGGCUGUGGUGGAUGAAGGAGACGUUGUGGAAGUGACUGGCCACGCUCAUGUGCUCUUGGCUGCCUUUGAGAAGCAUGUGGAUGGCAGCUUCUCCGUGAAGCCAUUAAAGCAGAAGCAAAUUGUGGACCGGGUCAGCUACCUGCUGCAGGAGAUCUACGGCAUCGAGAACAAGAACAACCAGGAGACUAAGCCUUCUGAUGAUGAGAACAGUGACAACAGCAGCGAGUGUGUGGUGUGCCUGUCAGAUCUUCGGGACACGCUGAUCCUGCCCUGUCGCCACCUGUGCCUCUGCACUUCCUGUGCUGACACGCUGCGGUACCAGGCCAACAACUGCCCCAUCUGCCGGCUGCCAUUCCGAGCUCUCCUGCAGAUCCGGGCUGUGCGGAAGAAGCCAGGGGCCCUGUCUCCCAUCUCCUUCAGCCCUGUCUUGGCCCAAAGUGUGGACCAUGAUGAGCACUCUUGUCCCUUUAAAAAAUCAAAGUCGCACCCUGCCUCCCUGGCCAGCAGGAACACUAAAAGGGAAACAAGUUCUGACAGUGUCCCAGCUGGCUACGAGCCCAUCUCCUUGCUCGAGGCACUCAAUGGUCUACGGGCUGUCUCCCCGGCUAUCCCAUCAGCUCCCCUGUAUGAGGAAAUCACCUACUCAGGCAUCUCAGACGGUCUUUCCCAGGCCAGUUGUCCCCUUGCUGGACUUGAUCGAAUCAUAGAAAGUGGCCUACAGAAGGGCAAGACACAGAGCAAGUCUCCAGACAGCACCCUGCGGUCGCCAUCAUCCCCCAUCCAUGAGGAGGAUGAGGAGAAGGUCUCGGAGGACUCGGAUGCUCCUCUCCCACCAAGUGGUGUGGAGCUGGUGCUGCGGGAGAGCAGCUCCCCUGAGAGUUUUGGAACAGAGGAGGUGGAUGAGCCAUCCCUAAAGCAAGGGAGCCGUGUACCCUCUAUUGAUGAUGUCCUGCAGGAUGGCAGUCCCCAGCAUCACGGUUGCAGCCAGCCAGUCCCUCCUGCUGACAUCUACCUACCAGCCCUGGGUCCUGAGUCGUGCUCUGUUGGUAUAGAGGAGUAAGCUGGAUGGUCCACCUCCAUGGAGACGCCACACAGCCUUGGCACCACCAGCUCCCCCUGGCCUCUGCUGAGUGGCUCUAGUCCUGAGCCUGGAGCUGCUGAGCUGACCCCACUCUGAGAGUCUGGCUCAGGAGGCAGCACAGAGUCCUCAGCAUCCCAAACAUUGUCAGAAGGCUUCCCUGGACCACAGCGAGACCCUCUCCUGUCUGCACACCUCAUGUGGCCACGGUGAACCUUGAUCAGAUUGCACAAUGGGUGGUUCCUCCACACACCCUCCUUUUUAUGGUUGAUAUAUUUGUAAAUGGUACAGGAUGAAGGACAGCAGCUGUCUCUGUGGGCCACGAGCCCUAGAGGGACUCUCCCCAACUGUCAAAGCUGAUGAUGCUUUGAGCACUUAGCAAACCAGCAUAAGAGAAUCUACCCAUGGAGUGAAGUAUCAUCUUCACAAAUGUUCUGGGAGGUGGCCCCCCCAGGUUACGGUUGAUGAAGGAACAGUGCCUGUCUGCCUGUCUCAUGUGACCUAAGGCAGCCAGGCUGUCACUGCUGCUGUCACCUUACAGAUGUCCUGACCAUGGGUGACCCUCCUUGGAGCCUCCAGGUCCUCUCUCCUGCUCUGCUCUACUACCUUCUAGUGACCUCUGGCAGCUGUGGGCAGCUGAAGCAGCUGUGGGCAAGGCCUGGGUAGUCAGACUGUUAACACCACAGUCCUUUGCAGCGGUCGGUGUCCAGUACCCCUUGCAGGUCCUGCUUCACUCACAUCCUCUCACACCUUCAAGAUGGAGAUGUUCGUGCUUGCAGGGCAACACUGCCCACCACCUGCCAGGGAAGAGCCUGAGCAGCUUCCAUAGCAGAUCCAUUGCCAGUUACCUGUCCUUUUAAUGUUUCUUACUGAUUUAUUGUCUAAGGCUUCUGUUAGAGCCCACCUAGGAGCAAGAUCCUAGUGAUACUUUGCUUCUAAGGCAGAAGUGGCCCAUGGGUGGCCCCAGGCAGUACAGCUCCCUGGUGGGUUGGUAGAGGGACCUCAGCCUAAGGAGCUGCCCUGCCACUCACCCAGGUGACAGCCUGUAGCAAUGCAUGGAGACCCCUUUAGGCUCAGGGUUGCUUGAGCUCUGGCUCUUCCCUGCUCUUUGCUAGCAGUGGCUGGCCUGGCCUCUGGUAAGCCUGUAAGCACAACUCUGUCUGCACAUCCAUCUCUCUCUCUUGUGGAAUGCACACAUGUGCACACAUGUCAGCAUGUGCAUGCCCACCCCUUUCCACCUGCCAGCAACACCCUGGCUUCUGGCCAUGGUACUGGUGCCAGUACUUUGAAAGAUGGGAUACAGACUGCACACUCACCUGUCUCAGAUUCACAUGUACUAUCAUUUGAUGUACUCUGGCUAGUUUGGGGUUCAUUUUUACUGUAUAUUUAUAGUAAUAAAAUCAUGCAGCAAUA